AUGGCAUCUCUCAGGGGUACUACUCAAGACAUGCAACGCUCAGACAAUGGCGUCGUUGGUGCAAACUCUGAAAGUUUCAUUGGAGCUUUCCCUACCAAGGAUGUCUCCAGCGCCGCUCUUACUGGUCCCCUCGUCUGGUCUGGUCAAGACUUCCAAGGAGACCAAACCUACACUCUCCGCCUAAGUGACGAGGAGGCUGGCGAAGUCGAGAGCGCCCUUGCCAGUUUCAAAGCUCUCGGUCUCGAUGGUGAUGAAGUCUCGGCAGAUAACUUCCCCCUCCCUAACCUAUCUAGGCGCCUGCGUGCCAGCGCUGAGACUCUGCAUCUCGGCAGAGGUUUCGUUGUUAUCCGUGGCAUUGAUGGCUCCAAGUAUACCGUUGAAGAUAGUGUUACUAUCUUUUUAGGUGUGGCCAGUUACAUUGCCGAUAAGCGCGGUCUCCAGGACCGAAAGGGGAACAUGCUCUCCCAUAUAACUGAUUCAAAAGAGUGGACUACUCCCGCUUACGCGCGUCAUGGUAUUCAUACCAAAGGAUCGCUGCCUUUUCACACUGACAUGGGAUGUGACAUUUUAUCCCUUCAAGUCCGAGACAGCGCCAAUAAGGGAGGAAAUACCUAUCUCAGUUCUUCCUGGGCCGUCUUCAACAAACUACUCGACCGCGAGCCUGAGGUCAUCAAGACUCUGCUAAUCCCCGACUGGCCCGUACAACUCUCCGGCCGCAAAACGACUUUCUAUCUCGCUCCUGUUUUAACAUUCCACGAUGGAAAACUCCUCAUCAGCCUCGAUCCGCACCGCCUCGGCCCGCACCCGAUAUGGAAAAACGGUGUUCCUGCCCUCACAGAAGUUCAGCUAAAUGCUCUCAAAGCUGUAUCAGAUGCUGCUUCGGAAGUUGAACUACAACUAAAGCUAGAGACGGGCGAUCUCUUGUUCUUCAACAACCUUGCCCUCGUCCACCGCCGAGACGCCUACACAGACGAUGAUAAAUCAGCACGGCAUAUGGUGAGACUUUGGCUUCGCAGUCAAAAGUACGGCUGGGCAAUUCCUGAUGGUCUGCUUCCUCCUUGGGAGGCUGCCUAUGGAGAGAAACGCAAGCACAAGACUCGACACUACCCCAUUGUCCCAAUGCCGGAAUAUACUGCGCCGAAAUAUGUCACAAACUCGGCUUGCUUUGUGAUGGAGGACUCGGAUAGUUCUGAUGAGGAAUAG